AUGCGGGACGAUGGAGGCUUUUUCAGUUGUUACAUGGGUCAACAGAUCAUAUCAACACAUCUGGGAUGCGCCCAUGGACUCUCAAACCACCAGUAUGGGUGGCGUUGCUCGAAAAGUCUCCAAUCCAUGAAGGACCAGGCCGACACCGACCAGGAAGUCAACAACAGUAACGUCUACACCAAUGGUGACUAUUCCAGCGGCGCUAAUGGCGAAUCUUCUCGUAAACGCCCGCCGGGCGAUGACGACAACAAUAAUGACGACCGCCCGCCUGGAAAGAGAAGGAAAGUCACAAAUAUAUACAAGGAGCCCGACACCCGUCUUCUUGCAUGUCCGUUCGCAAAGAAGGAUCCCCUGCGUCACCGGAAAUGCUUCAAGUACGUGCUCCAAGAUAUCGCUAGGCUUAAGCAACAUCUAAUGAGAGUACAUGAAUACCCGUACACUGCGCGAGAUGUUCCAAGAUAUUCUCUACUGAAGACCAGUGAGACGGCCAUCUUCGCCAACAACCCCAAUGUCCAAUCGAACCACCUCGGCGCUGGAGCCAGACGCAACGGUUCAUUCAUGUCACCGCGCAAGGGCGCAGAUGUUCCCAUAGACCUAAGCGUGGAGGACCUACAAGAGUUUGGAGAGUGCAACGAUGUGAUAGAUCUUCAUAUAUCCUUAGAUACAGUACGAUAA